GGCGGGCGCGCCGUGCGGGGCGCUAUAAGGGCGCGCCGGCGCGCCGCGGAGCGGGUAUCGCGGAGCAGGGUGGCGGCAGGAUGUGCGACCGCAACGGUGGCCGGCGGCUGCGGCAGUGGCUGAUCGAGCAGAUCGACAGCGAGCUCUACCCGGGGCUCAUCUGGGAGAACGAGGAGAAGAGCAUGUUCCGCAUCCCCUGGAAGCACGCCGGGAAGCAGGACUACAACCAGGAGGUGGAUGCCUCCAUCUUCAAGGCUUGGGCUGUUUUCAAAGGAAAGUUCAAAGAAGGCGACAAAGCGGAGCCGGCCACCUGGAAGACGCGGCUGCGCUGCGCCUUGAACAAGAGCCCCGACUUCGAGGAGGUGACGGACAGGUCCCAGCUGGACAUCUCCGAGCCCUACAAGGUCUAUAGGAUCGUCCCGGAGGAGGAGCAGAAAUGCAAAAGCGGCGUCGGGAGCGGGAGCGGUCUGACCGAUGUCGCCGACAUGGACUGCAGCCCCUCUGCCAUCGACGACCUCAUGAAGGAGCCCCACUGUGUGGACGAGUACCUGGGCAUCAUCAAGAGAAGCCCCUCGCCCCCCCAGGAGACCUGCAGAAACCCGCCGAUCCCAGACUGGUGGGUGCAGCAGCCCAACCCCACUCUGCCCCUGAUGAACGGGUACACUGGCUAUGAGCAGCAUCAUUCAGGCUACUCCCAGAUGGUGAUCACCUUCUUCUACGGAGGGAAGCUGGUGGGCCACAUCACCACCUCGUACCCUGAGGGCUGCAGGAUCUCGCUCAGCCAGCCCUCGGGCCCCAGCGAGAAGCUCUACGCCCCCGAUGCCCUGGAGCACGUGAGGUUCCCCUCGGCCGAGGCCAUCCAGAAUGACCGCCAGAAGCAGAUCACCAAGAAGCUCUUCGGGCACCUGGAGCGGGGGGUCCUGCUGCACAGCAACAAGCAGGGCAUCUUCAUCAAGAGGCUGUGCCAGGGCAGGGUCUUCUGGAGCGGGAACACCAUGGUGUACAAGGACAGGCCCAACAAACUGGACCGGGACGAGGUGGUGAAGAUAUUUGACACCAGCUUGUUCUUCAGAGACCUGCAGCAGUACUACAACAACCAGGGCCGCUUCCCGGACAGCAAGGUCAUGCUGUGCUUCGGAGAGGAGUUCCCAGACGCCACGCUGAGGUGUAAGCUCAUCCUUGUCCAGGUGGAGCAGCUGUGCCUCAGGCAGAUGGUGGAGGAGGCGGGGAAGGCCUACAGCAGCAGCAGCCCCCUGGUCCCUGUGGCUGACGAGACGCAGCACGAGCAGGUGUACAGGAUCUUCCAGGACAUCUGCGGCCCCCACCAGCGGCCCCUCUUCAGAGAAAACCAGCAGAUUGCUGUGUGAGCUGCCUCCUGUGCUGGUGUCAGUGGUCUAGGUUACUCCAGGCUGGUUUGGUCCCAUUACUGCCCCAAUUCCCCUUUUGGCAAGUUGGUUCUUGUUCUUUGCUGUUCUCAGUCCGGAGUCUGUAUAAACACAGCAGUAAAAAUUGCCAUGAGAAAGUAAGCUGGAUGCCCAGCAGCAGUGCUGGGGACUCUUCACUGAUCACAAAGGCUCUUGUACCAAACAUGACAAUCCCUGUGUCACUGUAGUUAACAGCAGGGGAGGUCAGAGCUCGCCAUGCUUUGUGUUGCCUGUCUGUGAGCAGUACAGCAGAACUGGAGCUCACAGCUGUAACAACCUGCCCCAGCCAUCUGCCACCUGGACCUUGCUCAGUAUAGUGUUUUGGAAGGAGGUAACUCUUGGAAAAGCCUUAAAAUUCUCAAAUGUAGUAAGUUCUUCCCAGAAAUAAACUCCCCACCCCCCCCCCACCCCUCCCAAAGUGUUUGCAGUCCUGCUGAAGGAUAUGGUAUGCCUUCUGAGGUGAACCUCCUCAAAUUCUUGUUUAUUUUUGUCAUAUGGUUUAUAUUUUUAUCUGUAAUAUUGAAGUAUUUUGAAAUUUGGAAAGCAAUGCAGAGAUUAUAUAUGUAAAUGUUGAAUAUAAGAAUGUAGAAAUCCUUAAUUUUCAUAACCAAACAUGGAGUAUGUCUUUUAUUUUAAAGAUUGCAGCAUAGUGUUCAUAGGUUGGCUUCACCCUCCUGAAUGCACGUGUUGGUCUCUCCCAAGCGUGACCAGGCAGCAGCAUCCAUGUGUAAAUCCUCAUUAACACACUUUGUGUGCCCAGCGCAGGGGAGCUGCUUGGGCGUGGGGCUUGUGCCUUGCAGCUGCUGCAAACCAGGACCAUGCAUGUGCUAUAAGGCUGCAUAUUUAUUUUAUGCCUAAACUUUUUGUUAAAUGUUUUUGUAAUUUUUUAUCUGCCUGCGAUUAAAGUGCUAUAUUUUGUA